CGGCCUCGAAAAUCCUUACGAGAGUUGCUCAUGAGACGGCACAUAACGGCAUUGCCGUCUUGGAGUAUCAUCGAAGGAUAGAAAAGGCAAGAGGUGAAAUAUGACGAAGCCAAAAAUGUCGGCCCUGGUGGCCUCCGCCAUUCGCAAUCUGCGGGAAAUUCGCGGCUCCACGUCGAAGGAGAUUAUGAACUACAUUAAAUCUCAAUACACGGGAACGGACGCCAACGUACAAAAGCAGAUAUACGCUGCCUUGAAACGCGGGUUGGACUACGGUAUCCUGAAGAGGGACCGUGGUUAUUACAGCCUGAAUACGGAUCCUGACAUGAUGUACAAAGCGCAUACCGUGGCGCCCUUGGAGCAAGGCAGGAGACGGAGGCGAAGGAGGCGACGACGUGGCCGCGGAGUAUCGCGAAGACGGAGUCGCCGAGGACGCGGAAGGGGCAAGGGCAGAGGCAGAGGCAGAGGCCGAGGCAGAGGCCGAGGAAGGAGGAGGAGGAGGAGGAGGAGGAGCAGAAGCACAAGAAGCACAGGGAGAACAAGUCCUCCGCCUAGAACGAGGUCUCUUGCAGCCAGGUGCAACAAGUGCUCGUCCAAGAAGCGCACGGAGGACACCUUGAGAAAUUCCCCGGUGGAGAACCUCCGAAAGGACAUGACUUAUUUAUACAAGAAGGGUGCCAACAACCAGACGCCGUCCAGACACCAGAGCCGAAGUCGAGAUCGAAGUCAGACGCGCAGCCGAUCGAGUAGCAGUGACAAGGAGAUGAUUGACGACCGAAAUCGCGAUCGACUGUGAACAUCUGCACGUCAAGAGAUACUGCGGAUCUUAAUCCUUCGCAGUCGUAUAUCGUCCACGUGAAAUUGAGGUCGAAAUUUUAAGUAAAAUUGAAAAUUUUCCAUUACAUUCAAAAAAGUAUUAUAUACACUAUUGUUGUACGUUAUUUCGUAAAAUUCGAUCUGGUUCGGAAUAGAAAACAACUUUGAUAUCAGGACUGCAAAGGAUUAAUUGUUCGACGCGGUGGUUAACAACCAGUGACGCGGGGAUAACUCUCACACGAAUCUAGAUUUUGUUUUAUUUAGGCGAUAAAUUACAGUGGUCCGAAAUGUACGUCGACAGCGAACCUUGUUUUAUAGUCUUCGACUUUUUACAAAUUUUAUAUGUCACCUUUACACUGAUUAAUUAUAGACUGUUGUACCAUCAAGCUUUUGUCUUUAUUUCAAUCAACCUCACCGUUUCCCUCUUAUUCGCCGAUUUAAUCGUGGGACGACGACCAAUGUUACCUCUGCCGUGUUCUUCGAAAAGCGAAAUCUCCAAUUCAUUCAUGGGCGCAUUGGCGCGACUUUCAGGCGCGAACGAGGACCCUGAUGCGGGCAGUUGAAAUAAAACAGACUGCUAUAACUCUUGUCGCGGCGGGGUCAAGGCAGGU